AUGUUUAAGGAAAAGAGAAUGAUCAAAAAAAUAGGCAUCGGUCUUGCUUUAGUGGUUUUGGUGAAUCAAGCGUUCGCCAAUACAGAUAUGCAAAUUAAAACCAAUUUAGGCAACAUCAAUAUAGAGCUUUAUGAUGAUCAAGCACCGAUAUCAGUAAAAAAUUUUAAGAGCUAUGUAAAUAGUCAAUUUUACAACGGCACCAUUUUCCAUCGUGUUAUCCCUGGUUUUAUGAUUCAAGGCGGUGGCUUUGAUAGCAACAUGAAAGAGAAGGCUACUCAACCAGCGAUCCAGAAUGAAUCUAGCAAUGGCUUAAAGAACGUUCGUGGGACUUUGGCUAUGGCACGGACUAAUGCGCCAAACUCUGCAACCAGUCAAUUCUUUAUUAAUGUUGCAAAUAACGACUUUUUAAAUAAGUCUGCUGGAAACCCUGGGUACGCCGUAUUUGGUAAGGUGACACAAGGACUGGAUAUCGUCGAUAAAAUCGUACAGACACCAACACAAACAGUGGGUAUGCACCAAGAUGUACCUGAACAAGCUCUUACGCGACAAAAAGCCUAA